AAAUUAAACAAAGAAACAAGGCACCGAUCCAUAUGUCUAGAGCAACGCUUUGUAGGCGGGUUGAAAAUUUGUUUGAAGAAAAAAUGAAGGAAAUUCGGAGUACUCUUGAAAAGAAAGCGAUGUAUGUAUGUACUACAGCCGAUAUCUGGACCUCGCGAAGUCGCCGAUUUCUUGGUGUAACGGCUCAUUGGAUCGACGUCAUGACUUUAACGCGACAAUCUUUUGCCAUCGCGUGUCGGAGGUUCCCAGGAACUCAUUCAGCAGAAAGGAUUGCGGAGGUUUUAUUGGAUGUAAAUGAGUCUUUUGGAUUGUACACGGAAAAGAUCGUCGCAACUGUUAUCAAUAAUGGCUCGAAUUUCGCAAAGGCUUUUCGUGAAUUUGGUGUAAAUUCGCUCGACAGUUUCUUGCUUGAAUGAUGACGUCAUCUCGAAAUGAGACGCUCUUUC